AUGCGAAAGUAUCAGCGUAAUGAUAAUGCGUUGUUCUUCACUUUCAUGAUAAUAUGUAUCGUCGGAAUAAUAGGAGUUGAAACCCAACAGAAUGUGACAAUUCAACUGAUAGAUUCGCAAAUAAAGAAUGGAACACUUAGCUCAGAAAGUUCUUCAAAUGUGCAUUUCAUGUAUAAUGCUUCUUUUAUUUCUUUCGCAUUCGAUAGAACUGGUGGGCUCUCUGAAAUCAUUCGCAGGGCAGUAACAACAACAAAGCCAGUGAAAACUUCAACCAUUAGAUCAAGUACUAUUAGUACUAGUAGUUCGCCUAUUGCCAAAAUUCCAUCAAUUAACAAUCCUGUCACGUCCAACACAUCUUCCAACGCGUUUGCAAAACCAUUAAAAGUUUAUGUUUCCGAAGACCCGUCAAAUCCACAACCCGGUCCAAACAACUAUACAAAUUCAUAUGAUUUAAAUCAAGGAUAUGACACAGAUAAUUCUACUGCAUUGCUCAGGAUAGAUGGAGAUAUUGAUUCAUCAUCGGUAUCAACCUACAUAGCGAAGUCAAAUGAUUUGCGGGGUUUAUAUAAUUCUCUGUGUGCACUUCAAUACAAUCAAUUAUCCGGAGUUUCCAUUUCUUACAAUUUGACUACGCGGGGACUCGUUUAUCCAAACUACGGAACAAGGAUCGCUGUAUCAAUAAGUCAUCUCUCUAGUGGCACAAUAUAUACUGCUUUUGUCGUAUACAACCAAUUAAAUGUAAAUAAUGAUCAAUCCACAGCCAGUCCAACAUUUUUAAAAACAAAAUCUCAAAACAACUGUCGACUGAUUUCUGGCCUUUCAUUUUGCGAUAGAGUGGCAUACUCGGUGCCCGCAAACCCAGGGCUACCCAUGCCAAAAAUCGUUGACUUUUAUGACAAUCUCGCAUCAAGUCAAUACCAAAACUUCACUUUAUCAGUUUCUCAAAUAUCUAACACAUCUCGUUACUCGUUAGUUCGAGAUAUUAAUGAUUGCCUUGUCUCAUACAAAAAUUGGGUCUGCGCCGUAACGAUUCCGCGAUGCGGUGAUGUAGAUUCAACGGGAAUUACGAGGGAUGUCAAUAAAAGUCGGGUUUCCGACAUCGAUAGUGAAAUGGUUCCUGGUGCUUAUAUCGAAGUACCGCCUUGCAUCGAUUUGUGUUAUAAUACAUCACAAUCCUGUCCAGCAACUUUAUCUUUCGUGUGCCCACCAAACAACACAUUACUAUAUUCAAGUUAUGGAACAAUGGGUCCUAAUAAUAACGCGUCCAAUGGAACAAACGGAAUGCGUUGUAAUCCUAUGGGAAGCGAUUGGGUGAUAUCGAGUAUGGCCGUGCGAAGGGAUAAUUUGCUGGGCUAUGAAAAGUUGGUCACUAUAUUCACUUGUUUCAUAAUGGGGAUCUUGACGUCUAAUAAUAAAUUUGGAAUAUAA